AUGACGGUGUCACAACGAAACCAACUCGCGCAAAAUCUACCUUAUGCUAAGCAAGCUCAAAAGCAGCCUCCCUUCCACCAGCUAUUGCUGGAGAAGAGUAUCUUACCAGGGACAACAGAUGUGUCAAAAAUGUCGAAGGAUGAUCUCUACUCUCUUUUUCCCGCGUCCAGACGGACGAAAGAGGACGACCUAGUAGCGCCCGAGAUUUUUCACAGUUUUAGCCUUGCUAAUGUUGAAAAUGAUCGCACGCUACUAACAACCAUCCUCGAUUGGGUAGAUAAGGAGAUCGAUCUGUGUCGGCUAGCCAACAUCCACAACUUUUUGUGGAUUGCGGGCCGGCCCAUGCCGCCACGUCCUAUCCACCAGCAGCGUUUGCUCAAUCGUGAGAUCUUCAUCACUGAGAGACUAGAUUUGCACCUCGUUUGGACGACCGAUCGGAUAUUCCUCAAGCCGCUGCCACGUUUCCUCCUCGACCCGCGUUUUUGGGAAAGAUUUCUUUACUGUCAUACAGUACCCGUCCUCAACGGUGAACAGUGCAGCUGUCGUGGCCGACGGGAACGCGCACUCGGUUUUCUAUUCUCGUACGCGGCCCUCAUGGCACACGAGAGCGAUUUUUAUAUUGCCAAGGAAGCACACCUCAUUCCUGAAGAAGUACAAUGGUCAGCGUGGAGGAAGGCCGUCCGGGAAAUCCUGGGUACAUCACCCAUCUACCCCGCUAUUGACCCACGUUUUCACUACGGAGAGCUUCGCCUCAGUCGACUCAACAAAAUAUACUUCUACUGGAAGACUCCACUGUCCGGCUAUGCGUCUCGCUGGAACCAAUACGGCUCGUUUUUUCACGACAAUUUUGCGCUACUGGCCAGCUCAACUGUCUAUAUUGCUGUGGUUCUCACAGCGAUGCAAGUCGGUCUUGCCACUGAGGCACUCCAAAAUAAUACAGCAUUUCAAUCGGCAUCGUAUGGCUUCACUAUUUUUUCCAUUGUGGGACCGCUCGCCGCCACAGGGUUGGUGAUGAUUACGUUCUGCUACUUGUUCAUCGGUAAUUGGAUCGCCACACAACGGUACCGUGAGAGGAGGCUGAAAUGGAUUAAAAAUGAUCGGUAG